AUUAGAUUAAAAAAUAAAAAUAAAAAACAAUAAAAUUAAAAAGGCGACAUUGUUGCUUACGAGGCAACAACCUUCGUAACUGGGCAAAGCAUCCUCCCGAAGACGACGUCGUUUACUUUCUUUCUUUUAUAAUCUUCAAUUCCACUCUCUUCUUCUCCGCUUGCCGAUUAUUCCUCCGUCGCCGAUCUCUAUUCGCCGAUAAUUAUUCUCUUUUUUCUGUGUAUUGUUAAACCGAUUAAUUGUCCGGCGUCGAUGGCGACCGGAGUAGGUAUGGAGUUGCCGAUCAUGCACGACAGUGACCGUUACGACUUCGUUCGUGAUAUUGGCUCAGGGAAUUUCGGCGUCGCGAGACUCAUGAGGGAUAAGCACACUAAAGAGCUUGUUGCUGUUAAGUAUAUCGAACGUGGAGAUAAGAUUGAUGAAAAUGUUAAGAGAGAAAUAAUCAAUCACAGGUCUCUGAGACAUCCUAAUAUUGUGAGGUUUAAGGAGCUCAUUUUAACACCUACACAUCUGGCAAUUGUAAUGGAAUAUGCAUCUGGAGGAGAAAUGUUUGAACGAAUCAGCAAAGCGGGGCGGUUUACUGAGGACGAGGCUCGUUUCUUCUUUCAACAACUCAUAUCUGGGGUCAGUUAUUGUCAUUCAAUGCAAGUAUGUCAUCGGGACCUGAAGUUGGAAAACACUUUGUUGGAUGGAGACCCCGCACUUCAUUUGAAAAUUUGUGAUUUUGGAUACUCCAAGUCUUCGGUGCUUCAUUCACAACCAAAGUCAACUGUGGGAACUCCAGCAUAUAUUGCUCCAGAAAUACUGCAGAAGCAAGAGUAUGAUGGAAAGAUUGCAGAUGUCUGGUCAUGUGGGGUAACCUUAUAUGUGAUGCUUGUGGGAUCAUAUCCAUUUGAAGAUCCCGAUAAUCCAAGGGAUUUCCGGAAGACAAUUCAGAGGGUUCUCAAUGUACAGUAUUCCGUUCCAGACUUCAUUCAAAUAUCUCCUGAUUGUCGCGACCUUAUAUCAAGAAUCUUUGUUUCUGACCCUUCAGAGAGAAUCACCAUUCCAGAUAUAAUGAAAAAUGAAUGGUUUCGGAAGAAUCUUCCUGCUGACUGGAUGAAUGAAAAAGUAACGGAUAACGAAUUUGAAGAGCCAGAUCACCCAACGCAGAGCAUUGAUACAAUCAUGCAGAUAAUUUCAGAAGCUACUGUACCAGCAGCUGGGAGCUAUUCUUUAGACUGGAUUGUGGCUGAUGACCUUGACAUGGAUGAUGAUAUGGAUGAUAUAGACUCUGACUAUGAACUUGAUGUAGAUAGCAGUGGAGAGAUUGUAUAUGCCAUAUAAUUUAAUCAUCAUAGAGACAUCAUAUUGAAAGGACAGCACCUUAAUAUUGAUCUUUAUGGCCUUCUCAGCAUCAAAGAUAGAGAAAAUAUUCUGAUACUAUUUCUUCCAGAUUGGAUGAUGCACGAAGUUCAUCAUGUUGAUUUAUAUGUUGUAUGCUGUUAUAGAACAACCAAUGCCAACACCAUUUAUCAUUAUCACUUUUGUGAGUAGAAAAUGUUUUCUAUUGGUAAACUCUAUUUCUCAAAAGGAAGUUCCACUACUAUGAUUUAGGCUGUUUAAUGACACAUACUUUUAGAAUUUGUUGCAUUAUUAAGUUAUUAUUAAGUUUUUACACGUCUAAAAUAA